GCGUGGCGCCUUCCGGGAGGCGGAGCCUCGAGGCCGUGUUCAAGUCGGGCAGGGACAGGCACCGGGAGCGUCAUGGCGGCGCCGCUGCGGGACCGGCUGAGUUUCCUGAGCCGGCUGCCCACGCUGCUCAAGGGCACUGCGGACGACGAGGCGCCCUGCCCCGGGUACCUGUUCGAGGAGAUCGCCAAGAUCUCGCACGAGUCCCCCGGCAGCAGCCAGUGCCUCCUGGAGUACCUGCUCAACCGGCUGCAGAGCAGCUCCUGCCACGUCAAGCUGAAGGUGCUGAAGAUCCUGCUGCACACGUGCACUCAUGGCUCCCCCCAGUUCAUCCUGCAGCUGAAGAGGAAUGCCGCCUUCAUCCGGGAGGCAGCAGUGUUCACUGGGCCCCCGGACCCCCUCCACGGCAACAGCUUGAACCAGAAGGUCCGGCUGGCUGCGCAGGACUUGGCCAGCGUUCUCUUCUCGGAUGCGCUGCUCCCCCAGCCCGCUGCGCUGCCUGCCUGCCCCCUGCCUCCUGCGGGGAUGGGCUCCAAAUCGAGCCCCUGCGGCUCCUUGCAAGGAUUCGGCUUCAGCAGUGAGAAAAGCAGCUCCGCCUCCACAGGUGAAGCCCUGCUCAGCACCAUCCAGCGAGCAGCCGAAGCAGUGGCCAACGCUGUGCUUCCCUCCCAGGAGGGGCCCCGGCUUCGCCGCAGGGAGCUCCAUGAAGACACCUACCAGCCCGUGUCGGCCCCCGCUCCUGGGAGGAGCACAGCGGGGUCUGCGAAGCCGCCAGCAGCCGCGGCAGCACACAACGUCCGAGUGAGUCACCAGCCGGGGCUGGCCGGGGGCGGCUGGGAGGAGACGGACAGCGGGCACAGCUCCCAGGACUCCUCGCAGGAGAACGGCGAGCUGAGCCGCACCUCCGACUCCUACAGCAAGUCGGGCAGCGACAGCCACUCUGGGGCGAGCCGGGAGCUGGCGAACGUGGCCGAGAGGGUGGACGCUGACAGCCUGGGGGACUGCGUGCGGGAGGUGAGCCUGGUGACAGCGCUGACCCGGGGCGCCAGGGUCUUCCUGACCAGGGAGGAGGCACGGCACUUUGUCAAGGAGUGCGGGCUGCUGAACUGCGAGGUGGUGCUGGAGCUGCUCAGCCGGGCCUUGGAGGACCCCAGCGAGAGCGUCCGCAUGCGGUCCAUGUGCGCCAUCUCCUCCCUCAUGUGCUCCGACCUGCUCUCUCUGGAUCAGAUCUUCGCAGUGACUCGACAGCACCUGCAGCAGCUCAGCCAAGGCAGCCCCGGCCCUGUGGCCAACCGAGCGACGAAGAUCCUGCGGCAGUUCGAGGCUCUGUGCAGAGGCCAGCCUUCACCAAAGAGCUCACAGCUGGACACGGACCCCUCUGCCCUCGCCGCGGGCUCGGCCCGGUGCACCCAGGACUUGCUGACGGACAUCCCGCCCCUGGCAGGCGAGAGCAUCCUGGAGCCCGUGAGCGUGGCCCUGCUCCCCGUGGCCGCCCCGGCCCGCGUGGGAGAGCCGGGGGACGAAGCGGAGCCCUGCGGUCAGUCUGGUGUCGCAGUGCCAGCCUGUCCCCGCGAGCCCGAGGCAGCGAGCAGACUGGGAGGGAUCCCGAGGGACAUGGCGGGUGCCGCUGCGCCGUCCCGGAGCCUGUCCCUCUUUGCCGGCAUGGAGCUGGUGGCCCGUCCUGGCACGGUGCUCUCCCAGGACUCUCCCCCGGCAGAGCCGCGGACACUGUCCCAUCCUGGGGACGCUGGUGCUUCGAGUCGGUCAGACGUGGAGAGCAGCAGGGAACCGUCUGCCUUCUCCUUUCUCAACAUGUAGCUGCUGUCACGCUCCUGCUGCGGCUGCUGGACACAGGCUGCUGGGGGUCUCACCCCCCUCCUGCGUGGGGCCUCACCGGGUCUCCGUUAAGGGCAUGGCCCCGCCAGGCCGCACGGCCCCUCCAGGACCCCCCCAGGCCUUCCUCCACCCUGCCCUCGGGGGGGGGGCAGCCAGCUGCUGACUGACAGGCCUCGGCAGGGCGACGGUCCCCGCUCACCCCAGCUAUCCCCAUCGCCCAUCGCGCCCAGGGGGAAGAGUCCUCGACCAGCCCUGCACUAUCAGCCCCGCCGGGGCGAGGGAAGGGGGGCUACCACAGCCCCUUCCAGGCUGCAGCGAGGUCCAGGGCGUACGACGGCCUCGGGUACCACAGCUUUAAUAGGGUCAUAAUGUCACUGUCCCCCUUUCCUGUCCCAGCACGGCGCAGCACACGCUAACGGGGCACAGGCGCAGCCGGGGCCGGAGCUGUGAGUCGCCUCCAGGACCAUGCGCCCGGCUUCUCACGUUCUGGGUCUUGGCACCGCGGCUGAGCCGCUGCCUGGGCUUUUGCUAAACCGCCUUGGUUUCCUGGGAGCGGCGGUCGCCGGCUCCUCGCGUCUACUGCCUGGGCGGCUGCAGGCUGCGGCCCUGCCGGCACCCCCGCACCGGGCUUUGGGUCAGGUCGGGGAAAAGCCCCCGGCCGACGCGGCCUCGGACCGCUCCGGUGCCGCCCGGUCUCGCCGGGGCGCUGUGGGGGCAGGACCGGCACCGCCUCGCGCCCCGGCUCCCUUUCCUUCCUCGCCGCUGUGGGGCCGGGAGCGGUGUUCCUGGGAUGGGGAAGGGGCCGGGAGCGGCAUUCCCGGGAUGGGGAUGGUGCUCGCUGCGGGGAUUUUGUGAAUAAACCACGCCGCCGGGCGUACUGA